AUGGAGCUCUUCUCUCGCACCGUGGUCAGCGCCCUGUCGCUUUCCGUCGCCUUUGCUGGCUCGGCUUCUGCUCUCGAGGCCUUCCGCAAGCCUACUGUUUCUUCUACAGAAGGUGAUGGCUCGUCUCUUCUUGCCGCGCGUGGCUCUCCUGUUAGUAUCCACGCUGAUGCUGCGGAUUGGCCCGGUGUUCUGCGCGCUGCUCACGACCUUGCUAUCGACUUCGGACGCGUUACGGGUACCAAUGGUACUCUGAUGACUUCUGGAACACCGACGGCUAACGCUUCCAUGAUCUUCAAUGUCACUGGGAUCAGUGAAGACUGGAGCGUUAGUGGCAGUGCUGCAUCCAACUCAUCAGCUGGCACCAUCAUCGUGGGAACCAUUGGCAAUUCAAGCCUGAUCGACGACAUGAUCGCCAGCGGACAGCUCGACGUCAGCGAGGUUGAGGGUCAAUGGGAGUCCUACGUCAGUGCUGUGGUGAAGCAGGCUGGAAACAUGACUGGCGACGCACUUGUCAUUGCUGGCAGCGAUCGCCGUGGUGCCAUCUACGGAAUCUACGAUAUCUCCGAGCAAAUCGGUGUCUCGCCAUGGCACUGGUUCGCCGACGUACCUGCGAAGAAACACGACUCCAUCUACAUGCUCCAAACCAUCAAGGUCCAGAAGACUCCAUCUGUCAAGUACCGAGGUUUCUUCAUCAACGACGAGGCCCCUGCUCUUACCGGCUGGGCCAACGACCGCUACCCUCAGUCUCCGUAUGGCGCACCUUUCGGAGCUCAGUUCUACUCCAAGGUCUUCGAACUGCUGCUCCGCUCCAAGGCCAACUACCUCUGGCCGGCUAUGUGGAACGGCAUGUUCAACGUCGACGACGCUCGCAAUCAACCUCUUGCUGACGAGUACGGCAUCGUGAUGGGAACUUCUCACACUGAGCCCAUGGUUCGUGCCACCCAGGAAUGGAGCAAGGUCGCCAAGGGUGCUGAGUCUGGCUGGUCUUGGGCGACCAACAACGCCACUCUCUACGACUACUUCAUGGAGGGUGCCGUGCGCGCCGCUCCGUAUGAGAACGUCGUCACUGUUGGUAUGCGCGGAUACCACGACACUGCUAUGUCGUCUGAUGUCCAAACCUCGGUCCUUGAGGCUGUGGUCGACGCUCAGCAAGACAUUCUCACCAAGGUUCACGGCGACGCAUCAGAGGUUCCUCAGAUGUGGUGCUUGUACAAGGAAGUCCAGGACUACUUUGAGGCUGGCAUGAAAGUUCCCGACUGGGUCACUCUCCUCUGGACUGAAGACAACUGGCAAAACAUCCGCCGUCUUCCAGUUGGCGACGAGAAGAACCGAUCCGGUGGUGCUGGUGUCUACUACCACUUCGACUACGUUGGUGACUCCCGCAACUACAAGUGGCAGGAUACUAUCCAGCUCCAGAAGACCUACGAGCAGAUGAAGCUGGCCAAGGACCGUGAGGCUGACCGUAUCUGGAUCGUCAACGUCGGUGACAUCAAGCCCGCCGAGAUUGCCAUCAGCCAUUGGUUCGACAUUGCCUACGACAUGGACUCUUACAACCACGACUCAGUGCCCGAGUGGCUCGCUGGAUUUGCCGCCCGUAACUUCGGUGAAGAGCAUGCUGAGGAGAUCGCCGAGAUCAUGGACGAGUAUGGUUUCCUCGCCAACAUGCGCAAGUUUGAAUGGGUCGAGCCCUCUUCCUUCAGCGUUCUCAACUACGAGGAGGCUGACCGCAUUCUCGCUCACUGGGAGUCACUCGCCGAACGCGCCAACAAGGUCAAUGCUGCGCUUUCUCCGGAGCAACAGCCCGCAUUCUACGAGAUCAUCCUGCACCGUGUCCUCGCUGGAGGAAACCACGUCGAUGUACAGGUUUCGGGCGCCAGGAACAUCAUCUACGCGCAGAUGGGCCGCAACAGCGCCAACAGGUGGAUGCAGCGUGUGAUUGAUGGCAUGAACAAGGACCACAACCUCACCCGCCUCUACCACACUCAACUCAACGGCAAGUGGGAUCACAUGAUGGACCAGACCCAUCUUGGUUACCAAGGAUACUGGCAACAACCUAUGCGCCAGUCCACCCCCGAUCUCCGCUGGGUACAGACUCAAGAACGAUCCCUAGCCGGCGACAUGGGCAUCUCCGUUGAAGGCUCGAACGCCACCAUUCCCGGUGAUGACAUGUGGCACAGCAACGGCGGUGGUUCGCUCACCCUGCCGGCCAUGACACCCUUCACUCCCAAGCGCUGGAUCGAAAUCUCUCAUCGCGGCACCGGAGCCUUCAACUGGAACAUCAGCGCCGAUCCCUUCGUCACGCUCUCCGAAGCCAAAGGAACCAUGCAGCCCAAUGACGAAGACAUCCGCAUCUACGUCGAUGUAGACUGGACCAAGGUCGAAGACGGCUUCGGCGCCCAAAGCAAGCUCAACUUCUCCAGCUCCACCGACUUCGGCACGCAGGGUGGAAACCCACAAGUCAUGUUCAUGGUAAACAAGACGUCCAUCCCCUCCGACUUCAACGCCGGCUUCGUCGAAUCCGCGGGCCAACUCGCUUUCGAAGCAGAGCACUACACGCGCUCCACGCCUGGUUCCUCCGACAACGAAUACAUGGUCCUCCCCAAAUACGGCCGUACCAUGUCUGGCGUCAAGCUCGCGAACAACCUAGCCGAGGGCCUUGAUUCCUCCAGCGCACCAAGUCUGGAAUACGACUUCGUCACCUUCACACCCACCACCAAGGCCAAGGGCCUCAACGUCACCCUCAUCCUCACACCCACCCACAACAUCAACCCAAAGGUUCCCCUCGCGUACAUCGCCCAGAUCGACAACAAGACCGAAGCCCGCCGCCAGUUCGUCAUCGACCAGCCGCAGCCCAACUUCCCCGUUGGCUGGGGUGUUGCGGUUGCGGAUAGCGCGUGGAAGAACACGACUAACCACGGUGAACUUGCACCUGGUAAGCACACGCUCAAGCUGUGGCUUGUAGAGGCGAAUGUUAUUCUGCAGAAGGUUGUCCUGGAUUUGGGUGGUGUUGUUUACAGUCAUAAUGGGCCGCCGGAGAGUUAUCGCGUUGGCGGGAAUGCGACUAUGCACUAG